AUGGUAGAAAUUGACUACACCGAUGAACAGAUGCGCUACAUGCUGCAAGUUUUGACUGGCACGGGACUUUUGGUGGCUUCAGAAAAGUCACGCAGUCAUUGUGAAGGUUUGGCGCUACCUAACUUCCGAAGUUUGAUAGUCACAUCGCAGUACUAUUGUCCGUUGUCAGACAAACUGCCAGACUGCAAACCACAACUUCAUUGGACACCGAAGCCUUUUAAAGGUGACAUUCAAGUCGGAUGGAGAUACAAGUUUUUGUCGGGUGUUCCUCCCCUGUUGAUGAAGAGAAUGAUGGCUGUUUGUCGGUCAGCUUCACCCGACGCCAAUUACCUUCACUGCUGGAAAUUUGGAGUCCUCCUCAGAAUGGACGAGGUUAUUAUUUGCUUGACUGAGGAGGGACAACACUUUGAUAUCUGUUGCCGAGUUAACGCCGAUGAUCCAGGACGGGAAGAUGAAGCUGUACAGCUGAUAUGGGCUCACUUAUCUCCCUUGUUAAAAUCCAUGAGCUACCUGUUAGCAUCCUGGCGAGGAUUAUUUACAGAGAUCUUCCUCAUCCCACUGGGUUCUCAGUUGUUUGGAGGAGAGAAAGUUGAAGGAGAGACAGGCUUGGCUUUGUUAGAGUGUCUCAUUAACUGGGAAAAAGGAGAAAAUAUAUGUCCCAGAGAAGGAGAGAAUGUCCCUGUGCUAGACCUGGAUCUUCUGUUUCCAUUUAAAGACAAGCAGACAUAUGACAGUGUGGAUGCAUUUAUUGAUUUCCUGCUGGCAAACCGUCCGAAAAUCCUGUCGACACUUAAACCCACUCCCCCUUACCCUCGGGGCUUACCUGUUAUGACUAAAAUAGAUACACGGCCUAGAAAGCAGAGAAGCAGCAAGAAAAAGAAGGCUGAGAUAAAGUGGGAUUUAAGUGACAGCAAAUCGAAAGCUGACCCAGUCAGGAAUGUGUCGGUAACCAAGGCAUCAGAAGAAUCCUCUAAACCCGCGGUUCAGACAGCCCCUCCAGCAGAGCACAAACCUCCGUCACCAAAACCUAAAGCAAAAGGGGAAACAGAACAGGAGACGAAAUCUGUGGACAUCAACGCCAACAGCAAAGAUGGGAACACGACGACACCAAUGACGGGCACAGGGCGAUUCUUGAACGAAGAGGAUGAAAUCAAAGAGGCCAAUAGGGUGGCUUCCGGGUUUGUGGCGGCGGUCAUGGCCACCGCGGUGGCAGAGUUUAUUGCUUCAGAAUUCAACGACAACCAUUCCUACAAGCAGGUCACCACCGCCGCGCAGGUAGCUGCGGCUAAGAUGACAGCAGAGGCGGCAAUGGCGGCUCAGACAGGAGACAUUGACGGUGCCGCCCGAGCCGUAAUAGCCGCGGCACAAGCCGUAGAGAAAGUGCUAGCCUCACCUGGAAGCGGGCUGGAAAAACACGGUGCCAAAAGUAAAGUCUGUGCCAUAUUGUAG